ACUUCCUUCUGUGAAACACAGCACGAGCAAAUUGAAAGCCUGCCAAUUAACAAAACCCACACUCAUUUUCACUUCUGUCAGUUUGAGAAGAGAACAUGAAAUGCUACUUGUAUUUAGAUUCCCCUGUAUCCACAGCAUGAAUCAGAGGAUCAGUCCAAAUUCACAAGCUAAUUAAUGCAUUUGUUCCCUAUCAAAUUCAACUCUCAGAAGGCCUCUUAUUCCAGCCAAAAAUAAAUGCUGACGACAGUUUUGGUUUUCAAGCGUCUCUGCAAGUCAGGAGCAGGAACCUGCUCUUCACUUUCUGUUAUGUAAACACUGUUGCUUUUAGCUGGACACACAACAGUCUGUGCUUUGCUAGCUGGUAUGUCUGCAAACACGAACUGAGGUAUUGAAAAAGGAGGGGGGGCACUGCUGCUAAAGCUAAAGUCCAAGAUGGACAAUUCUAGAUGGAAAUCUGCUUUGAGGCGCUCCAUCUGAUCCUGUUCACCUGUACACAUUUAACUCAGAGAAACACUUCCUGCAGGCAGGAAGGGAAAUAGAAUGCUUAAGGCAGCGAGCGGUUAAAACUGUAGUUCAGCAUGCGUGGUGCCUCUUUUUACAGGCUGGCUGCUGCUCGGCGGAUGGAAAUUUUCCAGGCUGCCAGAAGAAAAGAGGGAAAAAAAGGAAGCCCGGAAGAAAGCGAAGGCAUGCCUGCUGCCCCGGGGGAUCCGACGUAUGUGAAAAGGAAUGUGCAACUCCAAGUGCACUUGCCUCGCGUGCCUUCCAAACCCCACAGAUGGAGGCAGGACCGAAGGUGUGAACAGCGAAUGAGAUGCUGGAGUGCAUCUUUUCCAAUAUGCUCCUUUACAUCUGGGCUGAGAAUGCAGAGCCGGAGUGGAGCAUCCUUUCCACAUGCUGCAGCGUCCAUAAGCAGGCUCUGGGCAGCUGGGAAGGAGACCCAGCUGUUCCACAAGACAUCUCUGAAGGGGCUGAUAACCAGUACUCCUGGCACACAGGAGACAUGGAUCCCUGGUCUUAAUUUCAGGGAAUCCAAAACCAGAAGACCAGCAGUGAGGGUCAGCAUUAAUACCCUAUGCAAGUCAUCAGGACCAGCUCUGAACUCAGCAGUUCUUCUAAAACGUGUCUUCAUCUGCCUUCCUCGUUCCCAGCGAGCACCCAAAGGACACAUUAAAUAUAACCUCAGACUCUGGUACAGAAAUACAUCACGAAACAUGACCCUCAGGUUUUGGUAGCAGCAGAGGUGCAGGGGUGGCUUCUGUGAAGACAUCAGGAACUGUCCCUGUGACAGACAGAACCAGUUCCAGCAGGAUGCAAAAAAGAUCUGCCACUGGUCAAAGCUGAGCCACAGCUCUCCAGGUGUGGCAUCACCAGUGCGGAGUAAAGGGGAAGGACCUUUAAAACUUUGCUACUACUCUAAACAAAGUGGCUUCCUCAAAUACUGUAAGAACCAGAGCUAUUCCUGUCCACUAGCCCAUCAGACCAGCCCAUGAGGGAGAUGCCUGGUGACUGGAGACAGAAGAACUGAAGCUAUUAAGGAAUAGAUUAGUCAAACCUAAAUUUCAUCUGGAGUAACAUAAGUCAAGAGUUCAUGUGUAAUUUAGGCAGAAAAAAAGCAUGGUCCAAGUGCUUUGCCAGGCAGUGUCCAUUCUUGGUGAGUAUAUGCUUUUCCAUAGCACUAUUACAGCCUAUUUAACGUUCUGCUUUUGAUUUUGCUUCAAAUUUACAUUAUUUAGCUUGCCCUAAAUAUUUACACCACAGUGUAAGUCAAGACUCAGUCAGCUGUAUGCCUCAUUGACAAUAUUUUCCUUAGAAUUCUGGCUGGCUCCCUGUUGUCCUAUUUUCUUGUACGGAUAUAGCUUUCUUCCUUUAUGGGUCCUCGUUAAUUAAAAAUACUUCGAAUAGUUUGAAUCCCACUGUAGCAAAACAUUAUGGCAUAACACAUAAAUUAUGAAGAAAAAAACUACUGCUAGCAUGGAUCACUUCCCAGCAUUCCUAAUAACAGGGAGCAAGCACACUGCAUUUCUAGCCCCUCUCACCUCUUGUACUGCCUGCUGGGGCCACAGCCUUUCCCUGCAGCUC